CUCGUUGCCGCGGGUAACCCCGCGAUACGGUGCGAAGCCAUAUCUAGGGUUUCCAUCGCCGCCGAAGGCUUAGACGAGAUGGUUCUACCGAAUGAUAUUGAUCUCCUCAAUCCCCCAGCGGAGCUUGAGAAGAGAAGGCACAAACUCAAGCGUCUCGUUCAAUCUCCCAACUCCUUCACGGAUGUGAAAUGUCAAGGAUGCUUCAACAUAACUACGGUGUUUAGCCACUCGCAGACUGUUGUGGUUUGCGGAAACUGCCAGACCGUUCUGUGCCAGCCGACUGGCGGGCGUGCAAGGCUCACCGAGGGCUGCUCUUUCCAACGAAAAGGCGAUUGAGCUUAUCUAUUUUUCAAGACCUAUACGAGACUGCAACUAGGUUGACCCUUUGCAUAUGCAUAUGUUGCAAGGGUGUCUUAUGACUUAGUCAAGACUUUACCGGAUGAGUACCUCAUGACUUAGUCAAGAAGCAUUAUGUGGCAUUUUGGAGGUUGCCAACUCGGUAUCUGCCCAAUUCAAUCAUGCAAAGACAGUUCAAUUAGCGAAAUAAAUUGCCUGGGCCGACGCGACAUAUGGGGCCCAUGGAGCUGAUUAGUUGGCAGAUCAAAGAAAGGAGACGUUGGACGAAGGUAACAAAGAAUAGACUAAUCACUGCUUCUAUUUGAGCGAACGAUUAACCACAUAAGAGACGUUGGAGAUCGUCUCUUUGCAGCGCGUCUUUCGUUUGUUUUUAUGGUUCGACGUGGCAGCGUCAUUUUAUUUUUCAUUUGGAUACAUCUCGAUACAGACAGAGCACGACGGCACAAACGUGGCGACUCCCGUCGGGCUCACCACGCUCUCAUCCUGACACUCCCUAUAUUUGGCCGCAACGGCAACGAUCGCCGCAACGGGACCCGCGUGCUCACGAACUGCAAUUUUGUUUCUUGCCGCUCGACGACAAAUGGGUUGUGGGAGAUCGAACGCAACAGGGGGCCCGCAAGCUUUCACGUGGUUGGACUCCCGGACCCGGUACACGUCAGUAUUUCAAAGGCGAGACAAAGACGGUGAUGUAAACGUUUAUUACUGUGUACGUGAAUAGGACGAGGCACCUGCUCCUCCAAAGCUUCCAUAAGCCCCUACGAUGACGGCCCUUCAUUAGACGACGAGAAACACCGAUCCCUAAGCCCCUACGAUGACGACUCUUCAUUAGGCGACAAGAAGUGAAACGACAAAACGAUGGUGAUGCAGACAAGGAACGGCAUUAAAGGAGACGUCUCUGUGAGUUGAAGGAUACAGUUUGCUAUGGCUCCUCUCUCAUGCAUGCUAAAACUCCACAAAAGCGGGGGUAGUGGACUCAACCGUCGAUGGAUGGGUGGACGGAGAUUGGUCGAGAACACUCCAAGACCAUCCGACGGUGACAGAUCAGCCACGCGUCGGAACGAGUGCUCGAGAUCAUCUUUGAUUCUAAAUCACAAUCAUCCGAGUUAUUUUUUUAAUUAAAUAAGAAAAUGACAUGAUAGGUACAAUUAUCCUCUAAUAUAUAAUGCUCGAGAAACAUAGUUG